AUGGGUAUCGGCGCAGUUGUUAUGCAUCGGUUCCCAGAUGGACGUAUCAAAGCAAUCGCUCACGCUUCAAAAACGCUUACUGUUACCGAACAAAACUAUAGCCAAGUGGAGAAAGAAGCGUAUGCCUUAGUUUUUGCUGUCACCAAAUUCCGUCGUAUGCUACUUGGGCGCAAAUUCAAACUCCAAACGGACCAUCAACCCUUGCUCAAGAUUUUCGGAUCCAAAAAAGGAAUUCCCCUUCACACUGCUAAUCGUCUCCAACGAUGGGCUUUGUCCUUGCUUGGGUUCGAUUUUGAAAUUGAAUAUAUUCCAACUGGCAAUUUCGGUUAUGUUGAUGUGCUGUCACGUCUAAUAAGCAAUCAUAAGAAACCUGAAGAAGAGGUCGUCAUCGCUACGAUCGGGGUAGAACAUGAAAUCACUGCGACUCUCGAAAAUAGCUUAUCGGCUCUACCAGUGAAUUUCAAAAUGAUACAGCAAGCCACAGCAACUGAUCCAACAUUGCAAGAAGCGAUGAAAUUAAUUGCAGUGGGUUGGCCUCACAGUAGCUCAAUCUCUGACCCUAAACUUAAAGCAUUAUACGGACGGCGUGAGAGUUUAUCUGUUGUGAAUGGAUGCAUUAUGAUGGAAGAGAGGUUGGUAGUUCCUGGCUCAUUCGGACAACGAAUCCUCAAGCAAAUUCACAGAGGCCACCAAGGAAUCGAGAGGAUGAAGGCAAUUGCUCGGAGCAUUGUGUACUGGCCUAAUAUUGACGACGAUAUUCAAGCAUACGUUCGCAAGUGCAGCAUUUGUGCCUCUGCUGCCAAAUCUCCACCACAUUUCCAGCCGCAACCGUGGCCUCGGGCUGAGGGACCAUGGAGGAGAAUUCACCUGGACUAUGCAGGUCCACUGCAAGGUUUGUUUUACCUAGUGAUCGUGGAUUCGUAUUCAAAAUGGCCAGAAAUUUUCGAGACUCGUUCAACUACAGCAGCCGUAACUAUCCGAUAUCUUAUGGAAACGUUUGCUCGCUUCGGAGUACCCGAAACGAUUGUCUCCGAUAAUGGCUCACAGUUCUCCGGUUCUGAAUUUAAAACAAUGUGCCAAAAAUUGGGUAUAGUACACAUCCGCACUGCGCCUUACCACCCGCAGUCGAACGGACAAGCAGAACGAUUCGUAGACACGCUCAAACGAUCAUUGCGCAAGAUAAUGGAGGGAGAAGGAGUACCAAGUACGGAAGCUCUUCAAACAUUUCUACAAGUUUAUCGGUCCACACCAAGCGCCGUAUUAGAUGGUAAAUCUCCAGCCCAAGAACUUUUCUGUCGUCCAAUGCGAACCACACUUGACUUGUUACGUCCCACAACACAAGAAGUACCCGUCAAAAAAAGCACUUCAAAUAAUUUUCCAAAAGACACUUUAGUGUAUGCUAAGGUUUACAACAGUGCAAAUAAGUGGUCCUGGGUUCCGGGUACGAUUAUCGAAUCAAUUGGCAACGUAAACUUCAACGUUCUGCUGUCGUAUCAUCACGGGCGUAAAAAGUUAAUUCGUGCACACUUAAAUCAAAUUCGUCCAAGGUACGAUGAAACAGCGCAAAAUUCGAAAGCCAAAUGGACUUUCGAUGUGUUGGUGGAUGAUUUUGGACUUAAGCAAGAAGUAAAUCCAGAGCCAGAGGUCGAAUCCGAAUUGUCAUUCCAAUCCGCAGUUGCAGAUCCACCUAUACCAGAUGCAGUACUACCACCAAUCCAGCCACAAGUUCAACGUCCAAUCAGAAACAUCCGGUUACCGAAAAGGUUGGAAGACUUCGUCGUGGGAUGA